AUGGCGCCAAUCAACGUGCUCUUGGCGGUGGCAUUCGCUUUGGUGAGUUUCGCUGGAGCACAGCAGGGCGAACUGUUCCCGCUGUCGGUUAUCCACUUCAACGACCUGCACGCGCGGUACAACCAGGUCAACUUGGAAGGAUUCACCUGUAUCGGGGCGGAACGUUGUCAGGGUGGGUACGCUCGGCAGGUGAGCGCCGUCCGUCAGCUACAAGCCGGAGCGGAAAACUCGCUGUACCUGAAUGCCGGCGGUAAUUUCAAGGGAACGCUGUGGUACACCGUACACCGAUGGGAGGUCGUGGCCGCUAUGUUGAACGUCCUGCCAGCCGAUGCAAUGACGCUGGGUCGGUUCGAUUUCUUUCACGAAUUGGCCGGCCUUAAUCCUUUCUUGGCCGCAUCGGAAACACCGGUGGUGCUGACCAAUGUGGACAAUUCCGGGGAACCGUCCUUCGUUAACUUUGAGCGCUCGGUCGUGGUGGAACGUUCGGGUCGUCGCAUCGGAAUUCUCGGUGUUAUCCGCCCCGACGUCGAUGCCGUCGGUCGCCCGGGAAAUCUAACGUUCACCGAUCCCGUUGAAGCGGUGCGCGAAGAAUCAGCUCGACUCGCCGAGGAGGGUGUGGAUAUUGUUGUAGUCGUUUCGUACUACGGACUCAACAACGACCGGAGAAUGGCACGAAACUGUGGUCCGCACGUUGAUCUUAUUGUGGGUGGAUCCUCCAAUUCGGUGCUGUUUAACGGCAACGAUGCAGACUUCCCGCUGGAGGUGGAGGGAGAAUAUCCGACGGUUGAGUUGCAAUCGGACGGACGACGAGUGCUGGUGGUGCAGGCUGGCUCCUACGGUCGAUUGGUCGGCAAUCUGACCGUCUUCUUCAACGAGGAGGGUGAGAUUGAACAGUGGGAAGGCAAUCCGGUGUUUUUGGACUCAAGCAUGCCCGAAGAUCCGGAAGUGAUGGCCGCACUGCUGCCGUACCGAGACGAGGUAGAAACACUGGGUAAUCGUACCGUCGCCGUCGCUGAGGUCGAUAUGUCCCGACAGGACUGUGUUACUGGUGAGUGUGUGCUCGGUUCGCUGAUCAGCGACUCCAUGGUGCGGGCUUUCUUCCCGGUCUACAACGGCAUUGCGCUGCAAAACCGUGGCGGUAUCCGCGGUGACCUGCAGGCCGGCACCGUCACCUACAAGCAGCUGUUCGAGGUGCUACCGUUUGAGAAUCAGCUCUUUUCGUUGCUUCUGCGCGGUGAUCAUCUGAUGACAGUGCUAGAGGAGAGCGUUCGCACCGCGACGGUGACCAACGGCACGGUGCAGGCUUGGGAUCUGCUGCAGGUGUCGGGAUUACGGGCGACAUUCCGUAUCACCAACCCACCCGGUAGACGGUUGGUUUCUCUGGAGGUGCUGUGUCAGCAGUGUACCGGUGCGGUGUAUGAACCGAUCAACCCAUUCCGGGAGUACCGUGUCGCCAUGGCCAGCUUCUUGGUCGAGGGUGGUGAUCGUUUCUCCAUCAUUGCCCGUGAGGGUAUGGAGCUCGAGGAAGGACCGGUUGACUUGGACGCUUUCCAAGAGCAUGUAGAACGUCUGUCACCACUCAGCGAUGCCGAAGCAGGACGUAUCCGUUUUGUGUUCUGA